UGGCUGUUAGCGCCAGGAAGGGCAGGGGUGGGAACGGAACACAUUGAACCACGUUUUCUUCUGGAUCCCAACUUGGAAGCCAACCUACCCCCUCAUUUACCUGGGUUAUUUAUGGGAGAGUUGCUCAGCUCAGGUGGUUGCCUUAGCGAUGGAUGGGGAGUCAGAACCAAACCCUGCCGUAGCAGAAGAGGCAGGGGAGCGGGUGGAGCCCAUGGAUGCCACUCCCUCCCCCGAGCAACAAACCACGCCCCCCUCCGAGGUGGCUGGGGAGGCCUUUUCCAUGGUAACGGAAGAAGAAGAUGAAGCCGCAAAGGAGGGGGGCACAGAGGACAAUGAUGAUGAUGUGGUUCUCGUAGGGGAGGAGGAUCUCCAGCCUUCUGCCACAACCCUCUCCCAAGACACGCCCAGCACAGACUGCUUAGAGCCGGCUGCUGCCGUGGCAACUGUAGACAUGUCCACGGCAGAGAUGACCCCCAGUUCUCUUGCGUCUUCCAGCACAUCCACGGUGGCAGCACCUCCUAAACCUCCAACCGCAGAAGCAGAGCCCAUUGUCAUUGACGAUGAGGAUGACUCUGAACAGAAAGAGACUUCCUGCUCCUCACCAGCGCACCCUGCAGGGUCCUCAGAAUCCCCCUCGCCAGGUGCACUCAGCAGUACUGAGCCAGAUUCAGAGAUCAGGAUCGCCAGUGUCACCACGCUGGGCUCCAGUAACCAGAAAGGAAGCUCCACUGUUUCUGCAGUGAAUACGCCACCACAUCCAGUGGACGUCCAGGAAGACUUGAACCUGAUGAUAACCUCGGUGACAUCACUGCAGAGCGGGGCAGCGGCUGUCACAGCGGCAGGUGAAGGCCAGGCAGAGGAAAACGGUCUGCAGAUUAGCAAUGCGUUCAGCCUGAAUCCUGACACCCCAUCUGGUCGACCAACAGCCUCCUUCAACCCCGGGCGGGGCUCAGCCCCCAUGGGCCAGCUGGUACAGAAUGGAGACACAGGGACGCACAACAGGGCAGACUCGUGGAUCUCCCAGUCAGCUUCAGUUCCCCGCAACCAAAAACAGACGGGGGUCGACUCUCCGUCACCAGCCACCUCCCUACCAAAACCUCCAGGCCAGUCUUCUUCAUCUACUUCCUCCUCAGGCUCCCAACCACAGCCCAGGACAGUCAAGGUGACCUGUGCCAACUGUAAAAAGCCCCUGAAGAAAGGCCAGACAGCCUACCAGCGUAAAGGCUCCACACACCUGUUCUGCUCCACCACCUGUCUCUCUGCCUUCUCACACAAACCCGCCCCCAAGAAGAGCUGCACCAUGUGCAAAAAGGACAUCACAAACAUGAAGGGUACCAUCGUGGCCCAGGUCGACUCUAGCGAGUCUUUCCAGGAGUUCUGCAGCACAGGCUGCCUCGGUGCAUACGAGAACAAGCAAAACCCGCCAAAAUCAGGCCUCAAAACAAAAUGUACUGUCUGCGGCAAGUUAACAGAGAUCCGGCACGAGGUUAGCUUUAAGACUGUGACCCAUAAGAUCUGCAGCGACACAUGUUUCAACGUUUACCGCAGGGCCAACGGGUUGAUCAUGAACUGCUGUGAGCAAUGUGGCGACUACCUGCCCAGCCGAGCAACAGCCAACCACUUCCUGCUGGUCGAUGGCCAACAGAAACGCUUCUGCUGCCAGAACUGCGUCAGGGAGUACAAGCAGGCCCACAGUAAACUUGCGAGCUGCCUGACUUGCAAAACGCUGAUCAAGACAGGCGAGGUGCUGCACAGCCUCGGAGCCGGCGGCACCAUGGGCUCCUACUGCUCUGUCAACUGCAUGAACAAGGGCAAGCUGGCGUCGACCUCCUUCAUCAACACAGAGCCCACAUGUCACUUCUGUAAGAGGAAUUCAUUACCGCAGUACCAGGCCACGCUGCCAGAGGGAAACAUCCUCAACUUCUGCAGCUCACAAUGUGUUACCAAGUUCCAGAACGCUACUCUUCAAACAGCCACCAACGGACAAACGCCACUCUCCACCACAAACAACCCCGUCCAGCUCAAAUGUAACUACUGUCGAUCGGCAUUCAGCUUGAAGCCUGAAACUCUGGAGUGGGAGGAUAAGGUCUACCAGUUCUGCAGUAAAACGUGCUGUGAGGACUACAAGAAGCUCCACAUUAUUGUGACAUUCUGUGAGUACUGCCAAGAGGAGAAGACGCUACAUGAGAUGGUCAAGUUCUCCGGAGUCAAGAGACCUUUUUGCAGCGAAGGCUGUAAGCUGUUAUUUAAGCAGGAUUUUAUCAAAAGAUUGGGUCUGAAGUGUGUCAGCUGUAACCACUGCAACCAGCUCUGUAAGAGAGGUUUGACCCGGCAGCUCGGCGGCAUGACUCGGGACUUCUGCAGCGAGACCUGUGCCAAGAAGUUCCACGACUGGUACUACAAGGCGGCGAGGUGUGACUGCUGUAAGGUGCAGGGUAACCUGACGGAGUCUGUGAUGUGGAGAGCCGAGAUGAAACAAUUCUGUGACCAGGAGUGUCUGUUAAAGUUCUACUGCCAGCAGAACGACCCCAUAAUGGUCACACAGAAAGGCCCCGAGAACACCACCAUGGGGUAUGAAAUGCAAGGGGCCAAACUUGGGCUGGUGAACCAGGGUACUGUGGCGUAUGCUGGUGGAGGUUUGAUGAGAGAUGUCAAGAACAAGGCAGUGCUCUGCAAGCCACUCACACUGACCAAGGCUACCUACUGCAAGCCACACAUGCAGAGCAAACUUUUACAAACAGAUGUAGACGAUGGUGUGAAGAGGGAGUAUAUUCCUGUACCCAUACCUGUGCCUGUCUUCAUCCCCAUGCCCAUGAAUAUGUAUUCCCAGAUCACUCCCACCCCAGUCUCUCUGCCUGUACCGGUUCCUGUGCCUGUGUUCCUACCCACCACCCUGCAGGGGGCAGAGCAGAUCGUCCAGACCAUCAACGAACUAAAAAACAAGGUGCCCUCCGACCAUCUGGAGGCCCACCUGCUCUCCAUGGCAGAGAUGAUCACAGAGGACCAGAAGCCAGAUGUGAAGCCGGUGAAGGUGAAGAGGGAGCGUAAAAGGAAGAUCUCCAGCAGCAGCUCUGAGGAGGAGGAGCAGAAGAAGCAGGACAGGGUUGAAAAGGAGAAGGAGGAAGAUAUAGAAGAGAAAAAGGAGCAGGAGGAAAUGGAAGAGAAGAAGGAUGAAGAGAUUGAAGAGAAAAAGGAGCAGGAGGAAAUAGCAGAGAAAGAGGAGGGAGAGGAGGACAAGUACGCACCCGACCUAGACCUGGAGGCAGACUUCCCUCAAGCCUCAGACCCUGUUCCAGUUCUGGAGGGAAUGGACGAGGACAUGGGCUUCUCUCUACCUCCAGUCCUGGCUGAGGAGAAGGAGGAGCCGGAAGAGUUGGAGGCGUCUGCACCUCGACCACAGCCCAGGAGACAAGGGAACAAGAGGCUGGCAGUGGAGGAGAGCUCAGAUCUGGCCUCGUCCUCUUCCUCCCAUCCAACAGACAGACACUCACCGGGACGUGCGCUGCCUCUCAAAGCUCGAUAUGGCGUCAAUGCCUGGAAACGCUGGGCGCUAUCUCCUUCUGACCAAUCAGAUGACACCAAAGUAAAGGACAGCUUCAAACCAGCUCGGUCUAAAAGUAACCUGUUGUCGCUGAGUUCAGAGGAGUUGAACGUUGCUCUGUCCCGGUUUGUCAGGGAGGUCUGCAGGCCCAGCGGGGAGCGCUACUCUCCAGACAGCAUCCUCUACCUCUGUCUAGGAAUUCAGCAGCAUCUUCACGCCAAAGGCCGGAAGGAUGACCUAUUUAGCGACCCUUGCUACCAGCAGUUUGGAGAGGAGCUUAACAAGGUCCUGAAGGACUGGCAGCCCAGCGUGCUUCCUGAUGGCUCGCUGUGGGGUCGAGUGGAGGAGCAGAGCCUGUGGAGCAGCCGACAGCUCGGGGAGCAGAGUCCGGCCGCUCUGCUGCGCUCUCUGGUUUACCUGAACACCAAAUACUUCGGCCUGCGGACCGUGGAGCAGCACCUCCGCCUCUCCUUCGCCAACGUCUACGGCCCCGACACCGUCCAUCCUGUCACUAAGGAGACCACCGCCUGCAUCCGCGUGCCUUCCAUCUCUCAGGAUCACCACGUGCAAACCGAGUCGAGGAAGCGUAAGUUGGAGGAAGGCGAUCAGGACUAUGAACCAGACGAUGACUCGGGAGGCUCCGCUGCACGCUGCCCGGUUAAGAAGCACGAGUGUCACCUUUACGACCUCUACAGAUCUAAGUGCCCAGCGUUGUUGCAGGAGCGUCUAGACGUCUUCUACGUUCAGCCGGGUCCGACCUGCAGUCCCGACGACCCGCAGUGGUUCAGCUCCACACCGCUGGAGCGACAGAUCCUGGAGAGCCUCCUCACCAGAGUCCUCCUGGUCAGGGACAUUUACACAGACAAACCACACGAAGAGGACAGCGGCGCAGCAGUUGGGGGAGAGUAGCGGCCCCUUUGACUUCUGUUAGCAGAGCCUAAACAGUCAGUAGAGGAGGAAGUGGAGGAUAGCUAGUAGUGUAUGUGUGUGUGUGUGUGUGUGUGUGUGUGUGUGUACGCGCCUCCCCCCCGUCUUACCCUCCUCGCUGACUUGCUGUUUCCUCCAGGUGAGGGGAGUCCACAACAGAGAACCUAAGAAAGUAGAGGAUGAUGAAUUUGGUCGUGAAGAGCAGCCCAAACUUUUACUUCUGUUGCUAGAUUCACAAACUGGUCAUAAACCAGAAGAGGACAGGGACAGCGACAAAUCAGUCCUGAUGUGGAUUAUUAGGAUGAGGGGUAAAGGAGGUGGAGCUGCCAUUUGUUUAUCAGGUAGAAGACGAAGUGUAUCGACAGUUAUAAUCUAUUGAAUUGGAUGUGCUGCUAAGGAUCUAGCUUGCUUAUAGUGCUCAGACAUGCAGCUUUACAAUAUUUAAACUUUUAACAAGGGUCAUCAGGAGGCGAAGGGACAGGAAGUCAUGGAGUUAUUUUCCUCUACUCUAAGCUUCAAGUCCUUCUCACCAUCGCUCUGUGGAUGGAAAAGAUGGCAGUGUGCUUGGGGGCUCAAGAGAGUGACUUCAUUUUAUACAAAGAGAAUCGAUAAGCGAGGGACAAGGCAGACAAAAGGUCUGGGUGAAACCAGAACCUCUACCUUAGAGGUGGAGCAGAGUAGGAAGAGGGCAGUGCAGGGCUGAUGUGUCUACAAAGUUGGCAGUUGGUAGGUCAUAAUUCUAUCUUUGAUGCGAUUUGGUAGUUAGAUUUGUACAAAAAUAGAAACACAGGUAGCCAGGUAGGUUUUUGGGCCAAUAUUCACCACUGUUUCCAAUUUAGCAGCUCAUCAUACAACUAUAAUUGCUACUUUAUAUUUUUCUAUUUUAAAGGAUGAUAAACACUGACUAUUCUACAGCAGAAAUAUAUUACCUAUAUACAUCUAUACUGGAAAGAUUCAGGCCCACAUCUUUGACCUCACCCAUCAGCGAUGUAACAAUGUACCUUGUCCACUUAUGGGGUUUGAAAAUGUCUAAGUAAGCAAAUAUUUGGUACAGAAAAUUAAGAUGUAAAGGUCGUGCACACACCCACACAGCUGUUAGUUUGUUAGACUUCUGCUCAGGUAACGUUUUGCGGUGUUGAGCCAGAUGUUGGCUGGUGAAAUUUGUUCCAAGUUGAGGCAAAAAGCAGGCAGGACAGAAAAUGGCAUGGGUGAGUGUUUCCUGUUUUGGUGUGAUCCCCAGUCCACCCUUUGACCGGACAUUUUUUGGCCAACAAACGUAACAAAAGUUAUUUUAGUCGGUUUCAUCACCAUAUUUAGUACAUAUCACAGACUAUAAACUGCAGUGUCGCUCUUGCACACGGUUUGUGAAUGCGCUGGUCGAUAUUUACUUAUUACCUGCAUCAGAAAAGUUACAUCACGCUCUUCGGUGCAAUUUUGUCGAAAGGGAAUGUUAUGUGACUGUACCUUUAUUAUGCAGGUAAUGUUUUGAGGUCACCAAAAACCGAUGUACCAAUAAGAAUGGAGAAAGGUGCUUAAAAACUGUAGUUAAGGGAUCAAAUUGGGUAAAUUAAUUGAAAUCACCUGUGUGGGUGUGUCUAGGGCCUUUUUAAGGUCGUGAACUUAAACUCAAUUAGACUUGAGUGUAUUUUUGAUUUGUCAGUAUUUUAAAAGUGAUGCUAUGUACCGCUGACAGUGUCAAAGUCUAAUAACUGCAUAAGGAAAACCUCCAGUUAAUUUUUUUUUUUUGUCAUGUAGAGUCUGAAGAUGGAAUUUUUGUUUUUCCAACAUGUCUUGAACACAGCAUAAGGACCAGCAUCCUCUUCCUCUGUCAGGGCAACCUACUGGUUUCACACAUCUCCAUUAUAACUGCGCUGCUUUCAUUCCUGCCCGUCAUCCCGCUCACUGCUCUUCCUCUUGUCAGUACUGCUCUCAGGCAAACCCGUUUGCACCACAGAGGACUUCAGGAGCCAGAACUGAUCCCAGGACAGUAAAAAGAAGGAUUGACUCUAAACCUUGUGUUCCCUCGCCUGACAGACCUGACUCGCUGUGUGUGAGAUGCGGGUUAAUGGCAACCUACCAACAUGCUGCGUUUCUUUAUAGGACAUUAGGGGAACCUUCAUUCAUGCGAUGUAGCAUUAUGUGCGUACUAAGCCCAGAUUGGGUUGCUUUUGAAGUGUAAAUAUCUCUGAAACAAGGUGGUUGAGAUGGAGUCAACACAGAGAGGGUCACUGUGUAGUUUGGGGGAAAGGAAAAACACCUACUGAAACCGUCAGCUUGAAAAAAAAAACCCGCCUCCCGGGAGGCCUUUUUAAAUAGACUAUUUCUUUUUAUUAGUUUGACUAUCCUCUAUGUUGGGAUGGGAUUCUUUUGGGUGCCAUUUCCUUAACUGUCAUUCAUUGAAAACCUGCUGCAGCCUCUUGUCCAUUUAUAAAGGGUAUUUGUGCAGGAACCUGCUAAACAUGAAGGACACGGAUCAUUCAGAGCUCAACGGACUAUUUUUGAACAUUUCCUUUCUGCUUUUGUCCCUGUGUUUGGACUUUCCUGGCAUUUCUGUUAUUCUUAGUCUCCUUUUAAACUUAACUGUUUAGUUUAAAAACUAAGCAUCUCUUUUUCUUCCAGGCUGUUUGAGAGUGCUAGCACUGCAAAGCGAAAGCUUAUAUUCUAAUAACGAACUGGUUGGACAUUAAACUUUUUUUUUUUUUUAUGAACUAUGUUUAUACACUAUUGUUUAUUUAUUUAAUUUUGUGGUUAAAGUCCCCUUUUUUACUUUUUUUUUUUUGGAGUUUUAUUUGACUUUGCUUUCUAAAUGUUUCAAUAAAUUGGAGAAAGUGUCAUACGUUUAAAAUCAAGUGAACAUUAUUUGAGAAUUUUCUUUUUUCUACUUCUUUCUUUCCUUUGAAUAGGGAGAAUACUCUCUAAAGCUAGCUAAAAUUCACACCCAAACAAAAUGUACCGUUUUAAAACCAGUGCUAAAACUAUAAGGAACACCCUCCAGAUGUUGAGUUUGACCCACCAUGAACACAAUGUCUUAACAUUUCUCACUGAUUAAAUUUAGAUUUCUUGAGCAGGUGUUCUGUUAUUUUGUACACUUGUCUGUGCAUUUAACAGUCUAGCAGCGUAAUAGUUCAGGAACAAAGGUUUUGUGGAUUUAGAGGGAGAACAGUGGUCUGGAUUUCUGGCACCAGAUCAGUGUCACCAGCCCCCAAUCUUUUUAAACUUUGACUUUGGAAGUUAACAAAACUGACCCUGGAUCAGAGGACACCGGUUAACCUGGCUAAUUUUUCCUGUUGGACCCCGAAGCAGUGACCUAACCUCCCACAGGUUUGGACCUACCUAGACGCUGUGGCUGGCUUUAAUGCCGAAUGUGAAUGUGCCUAUCUGUAUAUACUGAAAGUGAGUGAUUGUGAGGCUGAUGCUAUGUGUGUGGGCUGAUCUGCUGAUACGGUCAUGUUAAAUAAAUCAUUUCCUUUUCUAA